AUGGAGGAGGGUUUGGAGUCUCCGGCUCCAAUCGAUGGCGGUCAGAAUGCAGAGUCUUCUCCGCGGCAGAACUCUCAAGCUUCUUGGGUAAACGUCGUGAAAAAGACACCGUCUCUUUCGAGUCAUGAGGUGAUAGUGAAAGUUGUGGAUGGUUUGGACACUGUGGAGAUCCCGGAGGAGAUCAUAUCAAACUCGGUCCCGCUGUGGGAUGAUCUGUUGGAAGGACGGUUUCUAGCUACGGCGCCUCAUGUGGCAAAAAUUCAUGUGAUCGUUAACAAAAUAUGGCCUUUGGGAGAUAAGAGUAUCCGAGUCGAUGUCUUUGUUGUUAACCCCACUACGGUGAAGUUUCGCAUCAAUGACAGAUCGGUAAGGGAGAGAAUCCUUCGACGGGGCAUGUGGAACAUCGCUGGUGUUCCAAUGAUAGUCACAAAAUGGUCUCCGGAAGAGGAGAAGGAACCGGAGCCUGAAGUGAAGGUUAUCCCCAUGUGGGUGAAGCUUGUAAACGUGCCAUACAAGAUGUUCUCAUGGGAGGGAUUGAGUUUUAUUGCGAGUGCGGUGGGGAAACCUGUUAGACUGCACCCGGAUACUAUGCUUUGUUCGAAGUUUGAUGAAGCAAAGAUUUUUGUAGAAGCAAACAUGACAAAAGAGUUGCCAAAGGUAUACAGAUUCACAUCGAAACAAGGAAUUGAUACGGAGGUGGAGUUUAUCUACCCAUGGCUCCCAUCGAGAUGCUCCAUCUGCUCUAAAUGGGGUCAUAUAUCUACUGCCUGCUCGCCAAGAGGUGAUCAAGCUAUUAAAAUUUUAUCUCCUCAAAAGGUUUCGGCAGAAAGCGUGCCAAUAAAGGAAAAGAAAGCAGAAUGGAGGAAGAAGGAAGUGGUAGGAGUAGAUGGGGGCGAAUCAGUUCUGCCUAUGGUAGGGGCUGGCUCUUCAAUGGUUGUUGCGCCUUCUACAAGUGUGGGCUCAGGGGAUUCAGUAGUGGAUGCUCCUGCAGUUUCCCCAACGAAAGCGAGAAGACAAAUAGAGUGUGCAGAGAAAUCAGAUGAUCUCAUUGUCUCGCCAUCUCGAUAUGCGGUUCUGCAAGAGCAGAUGGAAACAGAGGAAACAGAAUCGGAGGAGUUAACUCCUUCAGCUGAACGGGAGCCGGUGGAUACAGAGGAAGGUGAAAUUCGUGAGAAAGCUGAUGAUCAAGUGGAAAAGCAUGAGGAAAAGACUCUUCGGACCCUCCCUCCUCGUGCUACUAGAGGAACAUCAAAGAUCUCUCAGAUUUCUUUAGCCCUGAACACAAAGGAGUUGCCUCCGAGUGUGACUGUGCUCACUAAUUAUGAGCAUCACCGUUUGGGACGAAUUUGGGUUGUAUGGAAAGGAAAUACUUGAUUGACUCCUUUAUUUAAGAGUAGUCAGUUGAUCACAUGUUCGGUAAAGUUGGAAGGCUGGGAAAACGAGUUCUUUUGUUCUUUUAUUUAUGCGUCUAAUUUUGUGGAGGAGCGUAAAGAGCUGUGGAAAGACUUAAGACAUCAUCAGGAUGCUCCUAUGUUUCGCAAUAAGCCUUGGAUACUAUUUGGUGAUUUCAAUGAGGUUUUGGAGGGAGAGGAUCAUUCUGAUUAUCCUCAGGUAUCGAGUUCAGUGGGUAUGAGGGAUUUCCAAGAUCUCACUCGUUAUUGCUCGCUGCUGGACAUACUUACCAUGGUCCUAGAUUCACUUGGUCCACGAAAACCUUUUAAAUUCGUUAAUGCAGUAACUAAACUUGAAGGAUUCAAACCACUGAUCAUCAGUCAUUGGAGCAAAACAGAACCAUUAUUCAUAUCUACUUCGGCUCUGUUCAGGUUUUCGAAGAAGUUGAAAGGCUUGAAGCAGGGUAUUCGGACAUUAGCUAAAGAGCAGAUGGGUAAUCUGGUAAAGAAAUCGAAGGAAGCUUAUGCUGAUCUCUGCUCGAAACAGGAGGUUAACUUUUCAAAUCCAUCUCCACAAGCUAUGGAAGAUGAACUCGCAGCUUUCAAACGCUGGGAUAUAGUCUCGGGUCUGGAAGAGAGUUAUCUGAAGCAAAAGUCUAAGUUACAUUGGCUGGAUGUUGGCGAUGGUAACAACAAGGUGUUUCACCAAGCAGCUACUAUCCGGGAGAGCAGAAAUUCCAUUCGAGAGAUCGUUUGUCCUGAUGAUAGUGUGGCAAACAAUUUAGGCGAUAUAAAAGUGGAGGCAGAAAGAUUUUUUCGAGAUUUUUUACAGCAUGAACCAGAUGAUUUUGAUGGUAUUGCGGUGGAUCGGCUUCAGGAGCUUCUUUCUUUUAGAUGCUCAGUCGAAGAUAGAUCUUCUCUUGUUCGAAGUGUAACUGAUGAGGAAAUUACUAAGGUGGUUUUUGCAAUGCCUAAAGCCAAAUCCCCUGGUCCGGACGGAUACACUGCGGAGUUCUACCAAGAAGCAUGGCCUGUUAUACGGGAAGAUUUUUGCACAGCAAUUAAAUCUUUUUUUGUCAAGGGUUUUCUUCCGAAGGGUAUGAACUCGACGAUUUUGGCUUUGAUUCCGAAGAAGACGGAGUCGAAGGAGAUGAAGGAUUAUCGACCGAUUUCUUGCUGUAAUGUCAUUUAUAAAGUGAUAUCGAAGAUCAUUGCCAAUCGUCUAAAAUCUAUCUUGCCGAAGUUCAUUGCUGCAAAUCAGUCUGCUUUCGUUAAGGAUAGAUUACUCAUCGAAAACGUGCUUCUAGCUACUGAACUGGUUCGCGACUAUCAUAGAGAGGAUAUCUCUGCUAGAUGUGUGAUUCAAGUCGAUAUCUCAAAGGCUUUCGACUCUGUACAAUGGGUACAAUGGGCUUUUUUGGUUAAUGUUCUCAGUGCUCUCUAUUUCCCGGACGAGUUCAUCCACUGGAUAUCUUUGUGCGUUACUACUGCCUCAUUCUCUGUUCAAGUGAAUGGGGAACUCGCGGGCUUCUUUAGAAACCGAAGAGGUCUGCGGCAGGGAUGUUCCUUAUCCCCUUAUUUGUUUGUUAUUUGCAUGGACGUAUUGUCAAAGCUCCUGGAUAAAGCAGCAUCUUUGAGAGAGGUGGGAUAUCAUCCUAAGUGUAAAAACAUUGGACUAACUCACCUGAGUUUUGCGGAUGAUUUAAUGAUUCUAUCAGAUGGCAAAAAGAGAUCAGUGGAAGGUAUUCUUCGAGUUCUAGAUGACUUUGCGAGGAUUUCGGGAUUGAAGAUUAGUAUGGAGAAGUCAACUCUGUUUCUAGCUGGGUUGUCGGAGGAUGCUAGACAGGACAUGUCCAAUAGUUUCCAUUUUGCUCUUGGGCAAUUACCGGUUCGAUAUCUUGGGUUACCGUUGACAACUAAGUCUAUGACAAGAAGCGACUACCAGCCUCUGUUGGAAAAAAUUAGACUGCGAAUUGGUUCUUGGACAGCUCGCUAUUUGUCAAUGGCAGGUCGUCUUCAGUUGAUUGGCUCAGUUCUUAUAAGUGUUGCGAAUUUCUGGUGUUCUGCAUUUCGUCUUCCUCGCAAAUGUAUCCGAGAAAUUGAAAGUUUGUGUUCAGCGUUUCUAUGGUCUGGCCCAGAGCUCAAUUCGAAAAAGGCAAAAAUAGCCUGGUCUGAAGUCUGCCAACCAAAGUCGGAAGGAGGUCUAGGAGUCCGAUCCCUGGAGGAUAUAAAUGACGUCAGCUGUUUCAAGCUCAUUUGGAACAUUGCUUCUGCAAAUCCAUCUUUAUGGUUUAAAUGGAUCCAACAGAAUCUUCUCAAACAGCGAUCUUUCUGGUCAAUUGAUGAACAACAGAUGUCAGGUUCGUGGAUAUGGAGAAAGCUGCUGAAAUACAGAGACAAAGCCAAGGAAUUCCAUCGACGGGAAAUAGGGGAUGGUCGAGCUACUUUUUUCUGGUUUGAUAUCUGGUCCGAUUUGGGAUGUCUGUAUGAUAUAACUGGAUACAGAGGUAUUAUUGACACGGGGAUUCCACUCAAUGCAACGAUUGCGAUGGCUAAGACGGCUCGUCGAAGACGUCGACACCGGACUGAACAUCUGGUCUUAAUUGAGGAGGCUUUAUCGGCACUAUCACUAUCGGAAGAGAAGGAUAUUAGCCUCUGGAGGAAUACUACCGGCGAGUUUAAGCCCUAUUUUAGCUCGAAAAAUACAUGGACACAAAUCCGGGAUGCUCGUCCUCUGGUACAAUGGCACAAGGGUAUAUGGUUUAAAUUUGUGACACCAAAGUAUGCUUUCUGCUCCUGGUUGGCGAUUAGAAAUCGGCUCUCUACUGGCGACCGUAUGAUCGCCUGGAAUCCAGGUAUUAGCUCAGAAUGUAUUUUCUGCUCUGCAACAAACGAGACGAGGGACCAUUUAUUCUUCUCUUGUCUAUUCUCUGCGACCAUUUGGACACGCUUAGCAUCGGGUUUGCUCGCUACUCGAUUCACAACUGAUUGGCACACUCUGACUCAACUCAUCUCAGACGACGGCUUGGCUCCUAUACCGAUGUUUCUCACCAGAUAUGUGCUACAAUGUGCAAUCUACUCUAUCUGGAGGGAAAGAAACUCGCGAAGGCAUGGGGAAACUCCAAACGCUGCAUCUCGUAUCAUUCAGCAACUCGACAAGCAGGUUCGAAAUCGUCUUUCCACCAUACGAUCUUCGGGAUUCACCAAACUGGAGGGCAGUCUUCAGUUCUGGUUCGCCACAAGAUAG